CCGCAAGUUCGAUCAAUUCGUCGGAAAUAAUUAUCUCGUUUACAUGGCGGAGGGAAGCAAAGGUGGCGAGCCCGGGCCCGAAGCGGGCCCGGUGUCAAAGCCCGCCUCGUCAUUCGAGUCGGCCGGAGGCCGGCUGAGGUUCACGGUGGAGCUCCAUCCUGAAGAAACGACAAUCGUUUCGUGGAAGAAGCUUGUCAAGGAGGCCAAUUUGAGCAUGUCUGGUAGGCCCGGCCCGUCGGUGUCAGGGCCCGGAAUCCAACCUCAGCCCGUGUCUCAGCCUCCGCCUCCAUCUCUACCGGUCGGGGCAUCUCUACCGCCUCCGCCUGUGAAAGAACAGAUGGAUCCUCAAGUGCAGGCCGGGUCGACCCGUUUGAAUUCAGUGAUCGAGAGGAUUGAGAGAAUGUAUGCGGGAAGUGGGAGCAGUGAUGACGAAGAUGUUAUGCUAGACAAUGUGCCGGAUGAUGAUGAAUAUGAUACUGAUGAUUCCUUCAUUGAUGAUGCUGAAUUGGACAACUAUUUCCAAGUUGAUAAUUCGGAAGUUAAGCAUCAUGGAUUUUUCGUUAACCGUGGGAAGUUGGAGCAUGUUGAAUCUCAUUCCUCUAACCAGCAGCCAAAAAAGAGGAGACUCAAAGAUUUGAUAAAAGGGCAGAAUGAGAGUGAUGAUGGACGUAACCAAAAUAAAACUGCAAAAAGGGGAAACAAAGGUAAAAAAGCAUCAUCAAUGAUCCAUACAAGCUCGACCAACGUGCGUGGUGAGGAUAUACAAUUUCAGGCUGCACCAUUAGAUGCUGCUGAAAUUUCAAUAAAGAAAAAAGCUUCAGAUUCCCAUGAUACAGAACGUUCUUCAUUAUUGUUGGACGGUGGUGCUAUCAGGCAGAGUAUGGAUAUUGACGGGCAAAUGCUUGAAAUCCUCUCAUCAAAGAAACGUAGUAGCAAACUGAAAGAGAGUGAACCUCAUGAUGCUGCAACAUAUAAGUCAAAUGAUAAGAGCUCCUAUGCAAGCAAAACCCAAUCUGGGAAACAACCAAUUAAUGCUGAUUAUCUAGACCGCCCAUUUCAACGAAAAGAAAAAGGUGGACCUGUAGCAAAUCUUAACAUCCUUUCAAACAGGGAUUCCGUGCCAACUAUGAAGGCUGCUCUAAUGCCUAGAAAUGAUGGAUCUACUGUUCAGACAAAGACUGAAAAUCUCGAGAAGGCUAUUAGGGAGCUCGAGAAUAUAGUUGCAGAAUCUAGACCACCUACUGAAGCCCACGAUGAUGACAAUUCUUCUCAGGCAGUCAAAAAGAGAGUGCCGCGUGAAAUAAGGGAUAAGCUGGCGGAAGUUGCUAGUUUUGCGCAGGACAGCAAUGGAGAAAUACCAGUGGAUUUGAUCAAUCGUCUAAUGAGCAUUGUUGGCCACUUGAUGCAACGUAGAACCCUGAAGUUUUCUACUGGAGAUUAUGGUAGAUUGGUUUUAGUGCAGUUUGGCUUAAAUAGAAGCUGGGAUAGAAGAGAGAGCUGUUUGCCGGAGAACCGCUAUAUCGUGGCUAAGAGAAAUCCAAAUGUUAACGACAUAAGAAACCUUAGAAUCAUGGCUAAUGCCGGAUUAUCCGCUAAACAAGAGAAGGCUGACCGAAUAGAGAAGAUAAAACAAGAGGUUGCUGAGAUGGUUAAGCAGCGGAUUCCAUAUAUGAAAUCAAAAGCUGAGCAGCUAGCUGCAAAUUCAGAUGAUUUUCAGGAAGCUGGUCCAGAAGUGAAAAAAGUCCUGAAACGCAAAUACAGCAUGGAUGAUGCACUGGGAAAUAAGAUUUGUGAUUUAUAUGACCUUUAUGUUGAGAGAAUAGAUCAGGAUUCAGGUCCACCCAUCAGAAGGCUGUAUCAAGAGCUUGUGGUAUUGUGGCCUAGUGGAUUUAUGGAUACUGAUGGAAUCAAACGUGCUAUAUACCGAGUGAAAGAAAGGAGGGGUCUGUGCAUCCCGGCAAAGGAUCGAGAGAAAAGCAAGAACCAGAAAGUCUUGCCUCCAAAACGAAAGGACUGCACUAAUGUCUCUCAAUCCUCACAUAAUCGUGAAAAACCACUCUCAGAUUCCCUUUCUCCUUUGACCAAGAAGCCAACCUUCAGCGCUCGUAAACCAGUUGCCUUAGCACACGGCCCAAAAGCCGACAGACGGAAUCAAGAGAAGGCAAAAGGAAGUUCCAGUGGCAAUAAUCCUGUGGAUGCAGUGGCAUCCAAUUCGAUGCCGAGUAAAAAACUGAAAAAGAAGCCGAAUUCGGAGGCUUUAGAGACUCAGGUUCGGCUCGAGAAGCUGGCGUUGUCAAAGGCAGACGAGAGGCCUAAACUACAGAAGCACGUGCCUCAGAGUAGUACCUCUAAGUUUGCAUAA